GGAGAGAGAGAGAGAGAGAGAGUAAGACAACUGCAGCCUCCACACACACAUGCACACACAUGCACAGUUACCACAGGAGUGCAAAGAGUGACUCAGGUAAAGCAGGGAUGCUCCUGGUGAGAGGAGACCCUGGAGAGGGUUGAGUGAGAGAGAGGAGAGACAUACUGGAAGAAGACGAGGAGCAGAAGGAGGAGGAGGAGGAGCUACGGAUCAGAAAUUAUUUUUUGAGCUGGAUGAAAGGUGGAAUCUCAGAGAGCCCAAAUAUCUCCGGAUCUGGACUCACAGAGUGGGCUUAGCAUGAGGGGAGAGACGGAGACAAGACGGCUCUGGAUGUAGGUGCUCUGAUUGGCUGAAUACGGGAGAUAAAUGUACGAACCCCGAUGUUUAGUUUUUAGUAGUGAGAAUGAUCGGGGAUGUUUAUUCUGAAGAAGCCAAAUAUGAUGUUUGUUUAAUGUGGCGAGCUGGGACGCAGCAGAGGACAAGGUGUGGUGGAGACGGGAGAGUAAACAGAUGUUGGUAGAUGAAGCACCUGUCCUUCUAGGCUGAGGUAAGCUCUCACACUGACACUCACAUUUCAAUCAAAGUUCAAACUCAGCAGCAGAACAGCCUGGAUUUAUAACACACUGAAUCCAAUUCUCUUCCCACAAGACACUUUGAAGCCGUGGGACAUUUGGAGCUCUGCUGAGGACAAACUUCAGAGGAGCUGCUGCUUCUCCAGCCGACACCUCCCUGCAGCAACCUGUGGACACUGGAGGUGUGAGCCUUUUCCUCCUAUGAGUUUCCAAACAUCCCUGGAAGAGCAGGAGGUCUGCUGGAUCACCGGGGUCAUGAGGAUCCUGCGUAGAAAGCUGUCCUGAAAAGACCCAGACCCAGAGGCUUUACACGCCUGGCCCCUCCCCUCCUCACAACUGGAUGUCUUGAUGUAUUGCUGUGGGCUGGGACACUGGCGGAGAGUGCAGUCCACCUACGGGGAGCGUCAUGAUUCGGAUGCUGUUGAGGAAAGGAAUGCCCAGGUGCAGUUGGAGAAGGCAAAGUUCAAGCCUGUCGCAUUCGCCGUACGCUGCAACUUUUCUUAUACCCCAGCAGACGACGACAACGUCCCGGUGCCUGGUCAGGCCGUCACCUUCGAGGCCAGAGACUUCCUACAUGUCAAAGAGAAGUUUAACAAUGAGUGGUGGAUCGGGCGGCCGGUGAAGGAGGAUGGUGUGGUGGGCUUCAUCCCCAGUCCAGUCAAUCUGGAAACUAUUCUCAUCAGAAGAGAAGUCCAGGCCAGGAAAGCAGCCAAAGCGUUGGCAAAUAAAGCAGCAUCUCAAGCAGCUCAAGAUAUGAAUUCAAAGAAAUACACGCCACCAUCACAAGCCAAUCAGCAGGUGAAAAAGAAGCCGGGGGAGCAGGUGUCCAUGUAUGACGUUGUCCCCACAAUGCGUCCUGUGGUUCUCAUGGGACCAUCACUGAAGGGCUUGGAGGUAACAGACAUGAUGCAAAAAGCACUGUUUGACUUUUUGAAGCAUCGAUUUGAAGGCAGAAUUACGAUCACAAGAGUCACAGCGGACAUCGCUCUGGCGAAACGCUCCAUCCUCAACAACCCUGGGAAAAAAGCUCUGAUGGACCGAUCCAACACCCGCUCCCAUUUAGACACUGCUGCCCAAAUCCAGGGGGAGGUAGAGCGGAUCUUUGAGCUGGCACGUAGUCUGCAGCUGAUCAUUCUAGAUGCUGACACGGUCAAUCAUCCAAUCCAGGUGGCCAAAACCUCCCUGGCUCCAAUCCUGGUCUAUGUCAAGAUCUCUUCUCCCAAAGUGUUGACCAGACUGAUCAAGACCAGAGGGAAGUCUCAGACCAAACAUCUGAAUGUUCAGUUGGUAGCUGCAGACAAGCUUGCCCAGUGUCCUCCAGAAAUGUUUGACGUCAUCUUAGAUGAAAACCAGCUGACAGACGCCUGUGAACAUAUCGCUGAUUAUCUGGAGUCGUACUGGAGAGCAACACAUCCACCAGAGAUGGAGCCUGUCAGUGCAAUGGUGGCUCAGCUGGCUGAGAACACACUGCCCACCAGUCCUUCAGUAACACCGAAUGACUAUAAAAACAAAAAGUCAGCAGCCACCAAGAGGAAGAGCUCCAAGGACAACCAGUUAGACCUGGACCCUCCUUCAGGCCAGGCUCAGGAGAAAAGGGUUGGAGAAAGUCUUCAAGAAGAGGACGAGCAGCCCCGGAGGACAACACCAAAGAAACAAGAGCACACUCAUCAUCACCAUCACCAUCACCACCGCCGGCUGCAGCAUCAGGGUCACAGUCAAACACCUGAUGACAUUGAAGUACAACCCAGCAGGUUCAACAGCCAAAGACUUGCCCGCAAAUACCUGUCUGAGGAGAAGGAGGAAGUGAAAGGUCUAGUGGAGGAGGAGGAGGAGGAGGAGGAGGAAAAGGCGGCGGCGGCUAACUACAACCAGCAUGGGCAGAACCACUACCACCGUCACCACCGUCAUCACCACCAUCAGCAUCACCAGAGAAACAGUCAGCCAAACUUUAAAGAAAACUAUGAGCAAGAGCACAUUCACCGGAGCAGACAGCACAGGCAUCACCAGCAUGUUCUGCCAAGGACACAUCAGUUGGAUCACAAUCCUGUACACAACCAUCACAACUACCAUCAUCACCGCGCCAGAGACAAGAGGAGGAACAGGGACAGAUAUCGAGACAGACAUCGAGACAGAGACAGGGAGAGAGAUAGGGAACGGCACAAGGACAAGGAGAGAGAGCAAGAUAGGAAUCAGGGUAGAGAUAGAGACAGAGAUGCCAGACUCUGGUGAAGAGAUUCCUAUGCACAACUGGACCGUUGU